AUGGCCUCGGUUCUCGCACACGUCAAUGAAGUAUGGGACCGGCAGCGCAAGAAUAGCCCUAUCUACGCGCUUCUCCUAGAAAAUGUCGAGCUUUAUCAUGCCGAGCCUGGCCUCAUAAAAGCAAGGCUUCCCAUCAGCAGCCUCCACAGCAACUCCAAGGGUACUGUACAUGGCACCUUGUCCGCUUGCGUAGUCGACUGGGCUGCCGGUAUGGCCAUUGUCUCCCAUGGCGCCACUAGCACCGGUGUCAGUACGGAUCUGUCCGUCUCCUACCUCUCCACAGCCAAGGAGGGAGAUAUCGUGGAGAUUGAAGGGCGGACGGGCAAGGUUGGGAAAACCCUUGCAUUUACGACGGUUACGAUGUCAAAGGAGGUGAACGGAAAGAGCACUAUUGUUAUUCAAGGAUCUCACACAAAAUAUGUUCGUCAGUAG